UUUCCCGUUAGCCCCCGCGCUCGGAGAGAGUCGAUGGAGGUUGAGGUAGCCAUGUUGUAGCGGCGAGAAGAGCGAGUUGGCAGAAAAGCGCAAACCGUAGAAAUUUCGUGUAGAAUCAGUGCAGGUUAACCACACGGUUCGAAAGAGCCGUCAGCUCUGUUCCCUGUUCACACUGCCGACUUCACGAAGACACCAUGAGCGGCGGGACGCCAUACCUCGGCAGCAAAAUCAGCCUCAUUUCGAAGGCCGAGAUUCGCUACGAAGGAAUCCUCUACACUAUUGACACCGAGAACUCGACUGUCGCACUUGCUAAAGUACGUUCUUUUGGCACGGAGGACCGGCCAACCGACAGGCCCAUCCCACCACGAGAUGACACCUUCGAGUACAUCAUCUUCAGAGGCAGCGACAUCAAGGACCUGACUGUGUGUGAACCGCCCAAACCAACAUGCUCUCUUCCUCAGGACCCUGCCAUCGUCCAGUCGUCCAUGAGCUCUAGCUCUUCGUCUUCUGCCUCCGCCGCUGCCCCGACUCCGUUCCAGUCUGCUGGUUCCUAUGGCCUCUUCAACCGGGCCCCGGUUCCUGCCUAUAACCAGUUCAGCACCAGUCCCCUGGUUUCCCCUCAGUUUGGACCAGUUGGUGUUGGACGAUCAGUGGCCUCCUUGGUGAGCGACACGAUUGCAGCCUCGACCCAGUCUCAGAGCAGCGCUAUUGGCUCUGACUCGCGGUCUCUGGGUUCCCUUGUACCUCAAGGCCGGAGCAGCCCCACCUUGGAGCCUCUGCGGAAGAGCCCCACCCUGGAGCAGGUGAUCCAGGCGGCCCCGUCAGCCCCGACUGCCGCCACCACAGCUCCGGCCCCUGGCCUCGGACGCAGGAGCCCCACCCACGGUCGCACGGCCCCCUCCAGCGCCAGCCAGAAGGUCCAGCACCAGGAUGGCGUGGACAUAAGGAGGGGUGAGACUGUCAGGGGAGGCCGCAGCAGCAACCAGGGCUGGUCUGCACCCCGAACCAUCUCCGCCUCUCACAUCACUGCUGUAGAUAGGGCUUCCACUACAGGGCUUACCCACUCUAUCUUUAGCCACUCAGGUGCUGCCGGUGCACCGGCAACCCGGCGUGGGCGAGGCGGCGGACACCGUGGCAGAGGACGCUUCAACGUUCGCCGAGAUGGACCCAUGAAGUUUGAGAAAGACUUUGACUUUGAGAGUGCCAACGCCCAGUUCAACAAGGAGGAGAUUGACAGAGAGUUUCAGAGCAAGCUGAAGUUGAAAGAUGAAAAGACUGAGAAGUCUGAGAAAGCGGUGAACGGAGAGGAUAAGGGCGACUCCGGUGUCGAAACCCAGAACAGCGAGGGCAACGCUGACGAAGAGUGUGACCCGCUUGGCCCCAACUGCUACUACGACAAGUCCAAGUCUUUCUUCGACAACAUCUCCUGUGAUGACACCAGGAAAGCAAACGACAAGUCUGGAGGCUCAGGUUUUCUGAGGGAGCGAAGGCAGACCUGGGCAGAGGAGAGGAGGAUGAACGCCGAGACCUUCGGCAUCCCUCUUCGUCAGGGCCGAGGACGCGGGGGUUACCGUGGACGUGGUGGUAUGGGCUUCCGAGGAGGUCGGGGUCGUUCGGCCAGCCGAGGCUCCUUCGGGCCGCCUCAGGGCAGCGGCGGCGCCUUCAGGGGAGGAUACAGAGGAAACCAGGCUGGCCGGGAGUUUGCCGACUUAUCUGCAUACAGGAAGGACAACAAAGUGGCUGCGUAGUCUCAGUGGGAGGAAGAUUGUACACAAAAGGUGGAACUUGUUCACGCUUCAAUGGAAAACAAAUAGUUUGAGUUGCUAUAAAUAAUGAAGAUUGUCUUCUAGUUGUGUAUUUGUCACCAGCACUGGGGUAGAUUGCUUGAAUACAACGAUGGAAACGGCAAAAACAACGACACAGUUUCUGAGAAAAACAUUUUUAAAAAAAAGUCCAAAUCUCUUCAAAAAACAACUUCCAGGUGGCUGAAAUAAUUCUCAUAUUUCAGAGGAAUGUUUUCAGUGAACGAUCUUCCCGGCUCCUUUCCCAAACCCGUAUCUGAUAUUUUGUUAGCUGUCCAGGAUUGUCCACAGAGUUGUAUGACUUAGCUUUAUUUGGAGGGUGGGGGUUCAGUCUAUCCUACGUACCUUCAGCACCAAAAGGGUCUCAGCCACACCUUUCUAACAUGUAUUUUUCUACUGUUCCAUAGACUUCGAUGCUGUUAUGUAGUCACCCGCUCGCCGUCACGUCUCCCGCCCGUCUUCAGUCUCGGUGCUCGUGGUUCUUUCACCUGAAUCUCUCACUUUUCAACUUGCGUAGCUUUCUUCCUCAGUUGGUCUCAUAGCGUUUCCUCAUGUUAACCGUGUAGACGAGCUUUCUUCAGUAGACGUCAUGUUUUAACAUUAGAGUAGGGAGCUGGUGGUAGACGUCGACAUGAGUGCUCGACUGAAUUUCGUGGUAGUGUUUCCCCCUGGUCCACGAGUUUGACUCGGUCUGGGACGCACAUGGAUCAUAGGACAGAUUUCAGUCACUUUUUUUCCUUUUUUUUUUUUUUUUUUUUAAAAUAUUUUUCACUUCUGAUUUACUUCAUUCGUGAAUGGCUGUCUCUUAAAGAUGCUGCAGUUUGCCUCAGCUGGAGCUGGAGUUGAAUCCACUCAGAUGAGCCCUAAAAUCUUAACUCACUUAAAGCUUUCUGGCAGAUGGGUGUGGAAGAUUCAAAAUGCCUGAAGUAAAUCCAAAAAAAAAGGAAAAAAGAAAAUCAAGUUAUGUGAAGAACAACACACGAUUUCAUUUGCAUUUGCCAUCGUAAUUCAGUUAAUAGUAAAGUUCUUCUAUUUGUCUAUAGUAACUCAGACAUUAGUUUUUCAUUGUGAGUUUUCCACAUAAAAAUAAAAUCACAACAGAAAAAGUCAUAGACCUGCCAGCAUUAAACCCAAAGCACCGGCGUUCGUUUUCAUGAGAUCAGGAGCAGCUUUUUCUGUUGGAGAUGGAAAAACUGAACCGAUGCACCCAAGAAGACUUAAUUCAGUACAAGUGAUCGAUUAUUAAUGAUCAGUGAGACCAAUAAUCAAUAUUUAGAGCUGAUACACAUUUGCAAUAACAGUAAAAAGUGUCAUAAGUUAUUUUACUUAAGUACUAUACUUAAGUACAGUUUUGAGGUUGCUGUACUUUACUUGAAUAUUUCCAUUUUCUGUUGCUUCACACUUUCACUCCAUAACAUUUUAGAGCACAUAUUGUACUUAAUUGCAUUUGACAGCUUUAUUUACUGUGCAUUCAGAUUAUCAGUACAAAGUAUAUCUAAUAUUGUUAACAAUAAUUUUUUUAAAUGACUUAUUUGAUCAGAAAUCAGAUCAACAAAAAAACAUGAAAAAUGCUAAACAUUGGAUCCGUUAAUCAUCCAGGCUGAUAAUCGGUCAGAAUUUCGUACUUCAUAGUCCUGCCUGAAUUUUAACGUUUUUGUGUCCUGAUUCAGUUUUAAUUUGGAAAAUUCACAUAACAGCCAAAAAGAAAACAAAUUUAAAAGGUCAAAAUGUUUUUAAUGGAAUUAUGACCGUAAAUUCAUACGCGAAGUGAAUUCAUUCUGUUUCUUUGUCUGACUUGUUUUUAUUCAGACAUUUUCAAUCUUCCAUAGCAGCUUUGUAUUGCAGAUGUUAUCACUCGUUCAUGUGGUGUGUGUGUGUGUGUGUUUUCAGCUGUUUAUGUGGCUGCUUCAUGAAACACACUAAUUUAAAAAUGCACACACGAGUCGCACUUGUUACAGUAAAUCUCACUUUGUAAACGACAAAAUCAACCUGAUGCCACUAACGUCCCUCAGCACUACACGGUGGUUGACAGCCCGCUAACGCUACAGGAAGUGAUGUCGGCCAUUAAUGAAAAGAGUAGGAAAAGGAGCUAGCUGUCUGCGUGUAGCAACAUCAGCAGAGUUUUCUGGCAAUACACGAACUUCUGGGCCGCGUUUGAUGAGUUCUGACCGAAUAAUCUGACGCCAUCCUCGCCUAGCGUGGUUUACAUACUUAAACUCGUUUGAUCUAAUUUGGCAGCAAAGAUUUGAUAUGAAAUAAUAUUUUCUGGUUGUCCUCAGCUAACUGAGAUUGUUGUGACGACCACUAGCUGCCCUGAACUGGUUAAAAAUGAUGCUGGACUUCAAUAUUCUGUACAGACUGGGGUCAGACACUGUCAGCAACGACAGCUUUUUCACGUCGUGGGAGAAAAGUAGGAAAAAUUUACUUUCAUUUGCUUCCGGAACUUGUAGCAGUUUAAAAUGUAUGAAAGUUAAAUGCUAAUCUUUUUGACUGAGGUCUGUUUCCGUAAAGUUGUUUUUAAACGAUGUCUCCUUCUUGGCUUUGACUCCAGAACGAAAAUGUCCCCCAAAUUAUUGGGAAUAGAUGUCAGCCUGACAUGCAGAGCUACCUUUAAAGUACUUAACUGUGCUCAGGAAAUGUAGAAAAAUUUUUUUUUUUUUUUUUUUCCUUGAUUCGCCUUAAUGUUAGAGAAUAACUGCUAAUGUCACCUCGAAGACUAGACAGAUGGAAACAAGAGAUUUGAGACUUUGUUGUCGAGUAUUGCACACUGCUGUCGUGGAAUUUGAGUGCACGUGACUCUUAAAAAUCUUGAUGAAUGGAAUUGAACUUCACAAUGUUUCCUCACCGUUGUAGAAGCUAUUCCUUUGCAUUAAGGCACUAAAACCACUUGUAUAACCCAUGUGAUAGUUUUUGGGAGCUUUGGAUGCAGCAGAAAAACCUGCAGUUCAUUUAAAUUCAAACUCUAAUCAAGUAGGUGUUGUAUGAUGUGCUGUGAAAGUAAAGUCCUUCAUGGAAAAAAUGAAAUAUUUCCUUAUUUUGGAGAAGGCGGAAAGUGAUUAUGAGAUUGGAAAAAGCUCCCAUUUUCAGUCAUUAGAACACAAACAAAUUUAAAUUGAAACCACAAACCAAAUUGUGAGAUUGAAAAUUAUGGAGCUGCCACAGAAAAACUAAAAGCAAAACUUGGAAGAAUCUGAUCCAAAUCAGCAACCUAUCGUUUAAAGACGUAAGAAGAGUAAGAAAAUAUGAUGUUUAAUUGGCAAACAUAAUAAACAUUUUUUUUAACCCAAAGCAGGUCUGAAGCUGCUGCAGUCGGACACUUUAGUUCGGGGUUGUUGUAGUCCAACACGCCUGAAAAUUUCAGACUUUUCUUGUGUCUAAACUGAUUCGGUACCUGAUCCAGGACAGAAAUCCGCUCCUGUUUGGUUCUUUACCAAAUUUCAGAAGGUUGUUCAGGGGGAACUGAUUCAGUCACAGCAGUGGUUCUUAACUCCUCAGAGCUGUAAGACAAAGAAGGUCUGCAUUAAGAAGACUUGUGUUCAAACAAAUCAAAUGUUAACAAAAGCCUCAGGCAGAGAACCAGCCAGGGUCCAGCCCCUCAGAGGACCUGAGAGGUCCCAGCUGUCUCUCUGCUCAUUGUGUUAGUAAUGCUGUACACACCAGUAAAGCAUAUGUGCUGAAAAGACGAGGCUUACGGGAAUAGUGCAGCACGUAGUGAAAUUGCUAUAUUCUCAGUUCGAUGUUCAGAUUGACGCCACUCUGCACACUAAAUGUAAAGCUCCAGUUUGUUAGCUUAGCAGUAAGACUGGAACAGAGUCCAGGAGUCAGAGUGUAAAAACUGUUACCUUUGGACAGUCAGGCUGGCUUUGUUCCACUCUAUGCUAAGCUAAGCUCAGCUAAGCAGCUGCUUGCUGUAGCUUCAUAAAUAAAUGCAUUCAGUGCACAAAGUGAAAAUUGCACCUGUUGACCAAGUUUAAGGUCCAUUUCAGGUUCCUCUGAGGCCAAGUUAAGAACUGCUGAGAUGUGAGUGUGUUUGGAAGGAUGUUGGGGUGGGAGAGGGCGAAUGUGACCGGUGUUGUAUACAAAUGCACACAACACUACAUGAUGCUCGUAUGUGUCAGUCGCCACAAAAUUGGGUGGGAAAAGAUUUUUUUUUUUUUUUUUUUUUUCCAUAAAGGUUGUUGAUGCAAUAACUGAAGCGAGUGUUGGCGGUUUGAGCAUCAGGACGUGGAGAGCAGGCUCGCCGAGGUCGUGCUUGCUUUUCGCGUCCGGCUUCCUUUAACACUCUGGAGUCACAGCCACAUGUUUUGUCUUUGAACCCAGCAUGGCGUCCUCCUCUGUGGGCCUCAGUGGACUGGGGUUUUUAUUAAGAGCAAAUAAUAAACUGUUGUUCAUUA